UGACGUCACGAAGGGCUUUGCACACCAACUGCAGCGUGUUAACAUCUGUUUGCUUCUCUCAUGUGCGAGGAAUAUUAUGUCGUGGUAAGCAACUGGCGAAAACUUUGGUGACCUGGUUAAAAAUUAAGUUAAACCCUUUGCGAAAGACCCCAUUACCUUUGGCUUGAUUGGACCAGCGGACGUUAGGCUUUCUUUGAAUCAUUUCGACGUGUUUUGAUAGCCUGAUCUAGCCCGAAAAUGCAGAGUGACGAGGACAGUGCCAACACGUGCGUGUUGUGCUUCAAGGAGGCGCAGAUUUUCUCGGUUGGCGAAUGCGACCACCCCGUUUGCUACGAAUGUUCCACUCGAAUGCGGGUUUUGUGUCAACAAACAGAAUGCCCCAUUUGCAGACAGGACAUGCCCAAGGUCAUAUUUUCCCCGGAGCGAAAGCCGUUCAAAUUGCUGCAACACCGGCUGACGGAUCGAAAGUACAAAAUUGGAUUCACGAACGCCGAGGCCGAGGAGGCCUUUCGACUGCUGCUAAAGCACUUCUGCCGCUUGUGCCCUGAGCAGCCCGAGUUUCGGACCUUUAACAUGCUGAAGAACCACAUGACCAAAGAGCACAACCUGCGGUUUUGUGAUCUCUGCGUCGACAAUUUGAAAAUUUUCACGUUUGAGAGGCGGAGCUACACGCGGGAGGAACUGGGACUGCAUCGGAGAAAAGGGGACGUGGACAACACGUCGCACCGUGGACACCCCAUCUGCGAGUACUGCGAUGUCAGAUUCAUGGACAAUGACGAGCUGUUCCGCCACAUGCGUCGCAACCAUUUAUUCUGCCACUUCUGCGAUGCCGACGGCCGCCACUGCUACUAUCGGUCUUACGAGGAUCUGCGGGAGCACUUUCGCCAGGAGCAUUAUUUGUGCGAGGAGGGCGAGUGCAAGGACGAGAAAUUCACCUCGGCGUUCAACUCGGACAUCGAUUUUAAAGCCCAUCGAGCUUCGGUUCAUAGUAAAGCGCUCGGAAAGGCGGCCACAAAGCAAGCUCGGACUCUGGAGCUCGAGUUUACGCUGGCGCCCCGUCCUAGAGCCAACAACAGCCAAAACAACCGCAGAGGCCAAAAUUUCAAUGAGGAUUCCGAGGGUGCAGUCGGGUUCGCGGCGCCGGUCGAAGUGCAACCCGCCAGGCCAAACCUGCUCGCGGAGAACUUUCCCACGUUGUCUGGCUCAACGUCCGUGGCCCCGGCGGCCGGCGGCAAAAUCAUGUUCAAAGGUGGUUCGCAGCGGCUCAAUAUGAACGAGGAGAACUUCCCGACGCUCUCCGGAGAGGUGCCCAACGUGAACAUCAGUUUGCAGAGAGGCUCGGCCACCAAUCACAAUACAAACAACUUCUCCAUCAAAGUCCAGCACAAGCGGCGGCAGGAGGCUGUGCCUUUGGCCCCGAGCGGCCCGCCGCAGCGCGGACUGGCGGAUUUCCCCUCUCUCGGCGCCCCGAGUAAACCGAGCAAACCGGUGCCGGUGGCGAGCAGCUGGAAGGGAAAGGUGGUGCCCAAGGGCAACGUGGUUGGCAAAAUCGUGCCUCAUUAUCAGCCAACAUACGUGCCGCAGCAGCAGCAGCAGCAAUCGCAGUUGGAGUCGUUAGCCAGUAAUUCUAGGUUCGCUGUGCUCAGCGAAGGUACUAGUAAGGUUACAGUGAAGCCACCUUCCGUUGUCCAACCACCUGAGACUGAGGAAAGUAAAUCCAGCAAAUCAAAGAAAAAGAAAAACAAAGCAAGACAGAAUUCAUCAAGCCCGUUGCCUCAGUCGUCGUCGACUUCGUCGGUGCAGUCGAGCUCAAUCAGCACGUCGACGGCCUCGACGGGGGCCAAGAGCAAAAAGAAGGAGGACCGCAAGUGCUCGGAACUGAAAAUCGGCGCCCUGCAAGAGGACCUGCCGACCCCAACGACGCCUCCGGUGACUUCGCCGGUGGGGGCGGCGCCGCCGCCUCCGCCGGGAUUUUCGCAGAGCCAAAGCAACGCCGUCAGCCCGCCGCCGGGCUUCUCGGUGACCCUCAAUUCCGUCGCCCGACCCACCAAUGGCCUCACUUUUACGAAUAGUAGCGGAGUUAGUUUUUCAAUUUCACAGACUGCUGGUACGUACAUACACCCGAUAAAUUCGAAAGAGCGCAACUCGGAUCUAGUAAAGAAAAUAAAAGCUCUGAAAACAGACAAAGAGCUCCAAUUAUUCUGCACUAUGUCGUCGAAAUUCCGCACCAGCCAAAUAUCGGCCUUGGAUUAUUACAACUACUGCAAAGAGGCCGUGGGCGCGCGCUCGUUCACAGAAAUAUUUUCAGAAAUUCUUCUGCUCCUGCCGGACAUCAGGAAGCAGCAGGAAUUGUGGUUAGCGCACGGCCAGAAGGGGAACUUCACCGAAUGCAAGACUUGCGGCCAGAUUUUAGGCUCGACGGAUCACAAAUCGCACGCCGAGAGUCACGUGUUGAACAACAAUUUCCCCUCCCUGACCUUGGAAGACGCAGCUCCCAAGCCUCCGUCUUGGACCUUUUCCAGGAAGUGACCAAACGAAUAACAAUCCGUUCAAUUUUGAUAUAAAUGAAAAAGUGCUUAGCAAUAAAACGCUCACCGUUAUUGCUGGACGCCGUGCUUUGUGAAUCGGGAUUUUUUUUUUUUGUCAAAAUUAAUUGUCCAGAAAAUAUAAUUUACGAUGGAAAUAGUUUUUUGUCUUAUUAAGGACCUGAAUUUUGCCAAAAUUUGAUUAUUAUCGUGGUUAAUUCGAUAAUUCGGAGAAAUCCCUGUCAAAGCAAAGUACGCGUCCUACGUUAAAGAGUUAAUAAAUUAUUUAAAUACAGAAA